CCCAUCAUGCCUAGUGCCUACUGUACAAGCCUGUGGGUGAUCUGGGGUUGCUGCAGUUGGUCAGGUCUAGGUUCACCAACAUUAUUUGCCCAGAGAAUGAGGUCAGCUGACUACCUGAAUAUACUGAAUGACCAGGUUAUUCCAUCAAUGGAUUUUUUUCUUCCCUGAUUGCACGGGCAUAUUCCAAGAUGACAAUGCCAGGAUUCAUCGGGCUCAAAUUGUCAAAGAGUGGUUCAGGGAGCAUGAGAUAUCAUUCUCACACAUGGAUUGGCCACCACAGAGUCCAGACCUUAACCCCACUGAGAAUCUUCGGGAUGUGCUGAAGAAGACUUUGCACAGUGGUCCGACUCUCCCAUCAUCAAUACAAGAUCUUGGUGAAAAAUUAAUGCAACACUGGAUGGAAAUAAAUCUUGUGACAUUGCAGAAUGCGAUGCGAAUUCACUGUAAUAUUCUACAGCCCAAGACUGCAGAUGACCGAGGCUGCCCUUGCCCUCUCUGAGCAGAAAAAUCACAACAUGGGAGAACUGCUGACUCAAGUGAAGGUUGAGAAAGAAGAGCAGUGGGAACGCCAGAGCAGAGAGAGGAAGAAAGAACAAGAGGACUGUGUGCACAGAGAGGGCAAACUCCUCAGAGAGGUCCAAAACUUGUCCGAAACCAACAUCCAACUCAAGAGUAAAGUGGAGGAGAUGGAGCGCAGGUGCAAGUCUCAGCAGCACCAGAUCUUUGAGCUGAAACAAGAACUGACCAACAACACAGCUGAGCUAAAGCUGCGACUAGCACAGGCAGAGGACCGUCUGGAAACAGAGAAACGAAGGUCCAAACAAGUCCUGGAGGACAUGGACAAUCUCCGACAGAAAGAGGUGGAGCAUGUGAAUCGACAUCUGGAGGAAAGUGAGAGAACUCUGCAAGAGCGCAUCUUCAAACUGGAGGGACAGCGGAUACAACUGGAAGAGGAGCUGAUUAAGGCUAAAGCACUGUGUGUGUCAGAGAGGGCCCAAGCAGAGGAGGAACUGGGAAGAGUGCGAGCUCAAGUGCGCCUGGAAGAGGUGGGUCAUAAAAUCUGCAUCUGUGAUCAGUUAUUCAGAUGACUUUAUUAUAAACCAAAGUGUCUGGUGAAUGGAGAGCAAGAUACCUCAAAAACUGAUAGCCAACUGCCAUCAUUAAAGGCAAUAAUAAUAAUAUUGUUGAACUCUUCUGUAGCUGCACCAUCAGACCAAAGAUAACAGUCCUAUACAAGAAUUGUCAGUACAAUACCUGAGUUUCUUCACUUUGAGGACUUAACUUUUCUUCAAAAACUUUUUUCACUUUGUUAAAGAAGGCAAAGUGGGGUGGCAUAGUGGUGCAGUGGUUAGCACUGUCGCCGCACAGCAUAAAGGGUUCACAGAAAAUC